UUCAGGAGCGUCUUGACCCUCUCGUGGCCGCGCUUCCGGUGCUCUGCGAAAAGACCGGCGGCGACACCGGGCCAGAGGCCGGGAGGAGAGCGGGCGCCUCAGCAUGGCGCAGGGGAGCGAGGAAGAAGAGAAUGUGGAUGAUAAUAAGAUCAGCCGGCGCAAGUUCCUGCAAGCUGCCGCCCACCGGCUGGUCGAUGGGUGCCCGGGCGAAGCACGCUUUUUGGCAUGGACACUUAACCACACAGAAGACAAAUCCCCAGCUAAUGCCAGUCAAGUAUGCCGUUACUGUUUCCAGAUUUUUCAUCCUGGCAACCACAGGGUCCGUUUAAAGCCGAAAAUGAAACUGACUCGACAGGUAGAGAAACUGCUUAAAAAGGAAAGAAAAAAUUACAGACUCAAUUUCAAACAAACAAAGCUUUUGAAGAUGUACAAGGCAUCAACGAAUACUUUGCUAAUCACUUGCAAUGUGUGUGGAAAAACAGCAAGGCAUAAUGGAGAAAGUAGAGAAUAUUUCAGUAUGAAAACACCAGACUUGACUCCAUCUUCAAAAAAAACUACUCCUGUCAGCCACAAUCAUUCUGGAUUGAAAAGAGCAACACCAUCAUCCAGUCCCAGGCUUUCCACAUCUAGACUAUCAACACCUCGUUCUUCCUCCAGAACUCCAAAAAGUACCAAAUCCCACUUCAUUCAGUUGAAAAAACUGCUUCGCCUUGAAGAUAAAAAACAUGAUAAAGGGGACUUGAAAACCUUUUUGCUGUCACUUUAAAAUAUUAAAGUAACUGGAUGCCUUCAUUGCACUGGAAUAAAGAAUACAUCAUUAGUCUGUUAAUUAACAGACAUAUCAUAUUAUGAAAAGACCAUUGGUAGCUAAAUAGUCAUUUAUUUUUCCUCUAUGGACAGCCAGUUUUUGAAUUCUUUGCUACUUUACAUCUCUUGUUUCAGGAAGAGCUGAAUGGUAAUCUGUAAUAAUUCCUUACUUGUGAAUUAUCUACAGCGGAGGUGACUUGUGCUGGUAUUCCAUUGAGUGCCUUUCCUGGUGCCUAGAAUAGGAUUCUGCUUUCAAAUAGAGGUGGGCAAUUGUGGCCCGGCAGAUGUUUUCUUUGUUCUAUAGCUCCUCCUAUCAGCCUUAAUCAGCAAUGUCAGUUAGGGACCAUGGGAUUUGGAGUCCAGCAACAUCUGGAAAGCCCCAGUUGCCCAGUCCUGCUUUGAAAUAAAUUUGUUAAGUACAUUUCUUUGUUUUUGUAGUGUUUCUCUCUUUUUCAUUGAAUUUUUGCCAUUAUGUAAAUAUUCAAUAGUUGUGUAUUUUUAAAGAGUAUAUAAGUGACCCAAAUAAUCUUCCCCAAACAUGUUGAUAUUUCAUUAAGCUUUAUGGUGUGUGAAAGAAGAAAUGGGUUGUAAUGAUAGAUUAUACAACAUAGCAAAUAAAGCAGCACAAAUGUAUUUGGAUUUUAUUAUUUCCAUAUGAAAACAUGUGCUCUUAAUGCAUGGAAAUUACAAUUUACUUAACAGUGUUCAAUAAUGAAAUGUUUAUAUAAUGCAUUAGCAUUUCUGCACAGAAGUUAAAAGGAAUGUAGUAUAAACACCUACAACAGAGUGCUCAUAAUAAACAAAUGAUGAAAAUAGGCAUAGAUUCAAAUAAUUGAAACCACAGAAUCCAAGGUGUCUUUAAGCCAUGCUGUUCUUGAAAAAUACCUCUUCCUACCUGGUCCACUAUAUGGGAAAUUGUUCUUGAAAAAAAUGUGUAAAAUCCUGUUGGGAAAGCUCUAUCCUGCAAUGGAAAUAAUAUUGGCAGUGAUAGAUUAAAGGCUUCCUUUUGUGAUUUUGAGAUACACACAACUUCAUCUCAUUGUAUACAAGCCAUGUGCACCCCAAAAUUGCAAAAGAAGCCUUUAAUCCAUGACAGUGCGAUUCUGCCAAUGAUGUUUUGCAGGUGAAGCUGUGCAACAGGAUUUCAGCUAGAAUUUUUGACACAGUUCUACUUUUAUGGGAUAGGAAUCAAUUAUAAAAAAUGCAAAGUUCACUGGACUAUUGCCAAUUUACCCUAUAAGGAGCUCUUUUGAUUACCCUAAACAGUAAAAGUGGCUUUGAAAUUAUUUAAAGUAGGAAUGGGCGAACUAUUUUAGUUACCAGAAAUCUAAGAUCCAUGAAAAACCAAAUAAAAUCCCAGGCAGGCAGGUCUGUACUAAGAAUGAAGGAAGAAGCUGUUUCCAAGCUUAUGUGUAACUCAGAAAUUUGCAGUCAAUAUGAUAACAAAGCUGACAAGUAUUUUGACACCAAAAAAAUCCAGUAGUUUUUCCCACCAUUUUUUGUCAGAAACUUAAGAAGACUAUUAACAGAUAGUUUGUGAUAUCAAAAAGAUUUAUUGAUAUAAUGAAAAUUGAAUGGGGUUCUUUUACUGGAUGCCAGUCUACCAACCCCUUAUUCAAACCAGAAUAAUCGACAAUGGAUUGCUAAACAGGAUUAAUGACCCCUGUAUCUGUGGGAUCAGUAUCUGCGGUUUUACUUAUCUAAGAUUUGCUGCAAAAUACAAAGGUGCCCCCUUGUGUCUUGUACGUUGUAUAUAAGGGUCCCCUUUCUAGUGGUUUCAGGCACCAUGGUACUCUGGGGGACUGCUCCCCCACAGAUACAGGGUCCUAUUGUAUAUACUUAGAUUCACUUGCGGCGUGGAUUAGAUGAGCUAGUAUUAAAUAUAUUGGUUAAU